AUGUCUGUCGACCCCAACCUUCUCACCCCUUACAAGGUAACUCACUUCCACUUCCUCCCUGUAUUCAGAUUCCGCUUUUGCAGAACACUGGCGCCGCCAAUGCAUCGCUUCGUCAAAUCUCGGAGGACGCCUUCUACGUCGUCAACGAGGUCGUCAUGAAGCGUCUCGGCCACGUCCCGAUCCUCAAGGUGAGCAUAAAAGGGAACUUGCCAUGGGGAAUUGGCAAUCAAACUUGUUGACGCUGUCGCCGCUCUCAUACUUUGAUAUGAUACCAAAAAUGCAACACAUCACCAAAACGAUUAGAACUAGCACAACAAGGGUAAAAGUACACCGACGAGCGCUAUUCUGUAGCUAUUGUGUGCGAUAAGAAAUUCUAGAAGAAUAGGCCCAAUUUCGUGUCCAUUUUCGCAGUUGAAAGAAUGCCAUUUGCCGACAGCAGCUACCACACAAAAGGGUAAAAAACCAAAUAUUUGCCAAUAAGAUUGUUCAAUUGGUUGUCGAAAUAAACAAACCGUCAAAGGCCGAAGACAGCGUGCGUCGACGAAACGAGGAGUGAUCUCCUGAAACCCAUUACGAUGACGAUCCCUUAUCACUCGCUCUGAUAUCACACCACAAGACGGAGGACGACGGCGGCGGGGUUUUCCAAACUGUUCUCGAUCGAGAGCGCAAAGUACUCUCACGUGGGGUGAUUGGUCGCACGCAAUCUUCACCGUUUCGAUGACAUUUUGUGUACUUUUUGUGUAUCUCGUCGAAAUAGAGAGACUCUAUAGAAUAUUCCAGAAGAGACGAGAAAAGUGUCUGCCGAGUGGUAAACAACACGGCCAUCCGUUUUCGCAGAAAAGGAAAACGCUCUCUCGUCAAUAAAUAUGCUGCGAUUUGGCUUCUUUCCCUGACAAAACCAAGAAAACAUGCCGGCUCGGAGGCGCUCCGCGCUCUGGGAACUUAGUUUUCUCAAAAUAGCUGCAAAUAUAAUUUCAAGUCUUGUUUGACACGUAUUUCUUUCCGGGUGCACAUUGACCACUGAAAAAUGGGUCCAUUUGUCUGAGUUUCUAUUUAAACGUGGUUGUUUGCAACUCGGCUCCCCUGCUCGGGGUCUCCGCUCGUGUUUCGCCUGCGUGCAAUCGGCCACAAGUUGAGCCGGGGCCUGAAGCAGCAGUUGGUGCCCUCGACCUGCCCCAGGUCGAUCGAUCGGGAAUCAUAAACAAAUGAGACGGUGUGCAGAAACAGGUUACGACGGAUAGCAUCGAAACGAUGGCAGCGGUAAAAGGUCGAUGUUCAAAUGAUACAGCAAGGUUGUUGUGUAAAAGAAAGAUUGGUGCGGCGAAAUUCGAACUUUGCUUCUGGUGACCUCGAAAUAAGGCAAUUCUGUAGUCGAAGAAAUGAAUUCAGCAAAUGUGUUUGCGGGAAUUAUUACCCCGCGGGCUCUCGGUGUAAUCCGCUGUUCUCGAAUUAGCAAAGGAAAUGAACUGAAAUGAAUUGGGUGCAGAGAAUGGGAUUGAAAUGGAAGGAAAUAAUUGAAUUUGUAGGGAGACUUCCAUCUUCUGCCCGCCAAGGUGCAGCGCUUCAUCGCCGAGAAGGCCGAGCUGAUGCGUCCACGUGGAAUCUUCAUCUGCGACGGAAGUCAGCAUGAGGCCGACGAGCUCAUCGACAAACUCAUUGAGCGCGGAAUGCUUUCCAAGCUGGCCGCCUACGAGAACAACUACAUUUGUAGAACCGACCCGAAGGUAGCUCAUAGCAAAUGAAUUGAGGGUUUAAUGCUGUUCUAUUUCAGGACGUUGCUCGUGUCGAGUCGAAGACCUGGAUGGUCACCAAGAACAAGUACGACACCGUCACCCAUACCCCAGAAGGCGUCGAGCCAAUCAUGGGACACUGGCUGGCUCCAGAAGACCUGGCCACUGAGCUCGACACUCGCUUCCCAGGAUGCAUGGCUGGACGUAUCAUGUACGUCAUUCCAUUCUCGAUGGGACCAGUCGGAGGACCUCUGUCAAAGAUCGGAGUGCAAUUGACCGACUCGAACUACGUGGUUCUUUCGAUGAGAAUCAUGACUCGCGUCGGCAACGAGGUUUGGGAUGCUCUCGGAAACCAAGACUUUGUCCGCUGCAUCCACUCGGUCGGACUUCCACGUCCAGUUAAGCGUGAGUUCAUAUCAUAAACCUGAUCAGUUUUAAAUCGUUUCAUUAUCAGAGCGCGUCAUCAACCACUGGCCCUGCAACCCGGAGCGUGUGCUCAUUGCUCACCGCCCGCCAGAGCGCGAGAUCUGGUCGUUCGGAUCCGGAUACGGAGGAAACUCCCUGCUCGGAAAGAAGUGCUUCGCUCUUCGCAUUGCCUCGAACAUCGCCAAGGACGAGGGAUGGAUGGCCGAGCACAUGCUCAUCAUGGGAGUGACCCGCCCGUGCGGUCGCGAACACUUCAUCGCCGCCGCGUUUCCGUCCGCUUGCGGAAAGACAAACUUGGCCAUGCUUGAGCCAACUCUUCCAGGAUGGAAGGUCCGAUGUGUAGGAGACGACAUUGCCUGGAUGAAGUUCGGAGAGGACGGAAGACUUUAUGCCAUUAAUCCAGAAGCUGGAUUCUUCGGAGUUGCUCCAGGAACGUCGAAAAAGACGAAUCCCAUGGCGGUCGCCACUUUCCAGAAGAACUCGAUCUUCACUAACGUUGCCGAGACCGCCAACGGAGAGUACUACUGGGAGGGACUCGAGGACGAGAUCGCCGACAAGAGCGUCGAGAUCACCACGUGGCUCGGAGACAAGUGGCACAUUGGAGACCCAGGAGUCGCUGCUCACGCCAACAGUCGCUUUGCCGCUCCAGCCAGCCAGUGCCCAAUCAUCCAUCCGGACUGGGAGAGCCCACAAGGAGUGCCAAUCGAGGCCAUUAUCUUCGGAGGACGUCGUCCGCAAGGAGUGCCACUUAUCUUCGAAACCAACUCAUGGGAACACGGAGUCUUCACUGGAGCUUGCCUCAAGUCGGAAGCUACCGCCGCCGCCGAGUACACCGGAAAGACUGUCAUGCACGAUCCGAUGGCGAUGCGUCCGUUCAUGGGAUACAACUUCGGAAAGUACCUUCAGCACUGGUUGGACCUCAAGACUGACACGAGAAAGAUGCCAAAGAUCUACCACGUCAAUUGGUUCCGUAAGGAUGGAAACAACAAAUUCUUGUGGCCAGGAUACGGAGACAACAUCCGUGUCAUUGACUGGAUCAUCAAGCGUCUCGACGGAGAGCAGAACAUCGGAGUGGAGACCCCAAUCGGUACCGUUCCAGCCAAGGGAUCCAUCAACCUGGAAGGACUCGGAAACGUCGACUGGGACGAACUCAUGUCGGUGCCAGCCGAUUACUGGAAGCAGGAUUCGGUCGAGGUCCGCAAAUUCCUCGAACAGCAAGUCGGACAGGACCUUCCACAGCCGGUUCGUGCCGAGUUGGACGCCCAGGAGAAGCGCAUUCAAUCUCUUUAA